AUGUUUUGUGUGUGGUUGCUGGUUGCCUUCUCGCUCUCAUGGCCGUCCCUUGCCCUGAACAGCGGCGACUAUAUGGGAAAGCUUCCUGCUAUGGGCUGGAACCCCUGGAACACCUAUGGUUGCAAUAUUAGCGAGGAGAUACUGCUCAGCACAGCCGAGCAACUAAUCAAUCUCGGCCUUCUAAAAGCAGGCUAUAAUUACGUUAACAUCGACGAUUGUUGGUCUGUCAAAAGUGGCCGGGACAAUGUCACCCAACAAAUAAUCCCUGAUCCAGCCAACUUUCCUAAUGGAAUCAGUGAAGUAGCCAGUACUCUCCAUAGUCAGGGAUUGAAGUUAGGCAUCUACAGCAGUGCAGGAACCACUACCUGUGCUGGGUAUCCAGCUAGUCUAGGGUAUGAGGACAUCGACGCCGCCACCUUCGCAUCAUGGGGGGUUGACUAUCUGAAGUAUGACAAUUGCGGUGUUCCUUCGAACUGGACUGAUCAGUACAAUUCUUGUACCGACCGCUGGACAGACAUGCAAAAUGAUACCUGUAUUGGCCUCACGAACCCAGCGCCUCCAGGAUAUGAUUGGUCCAAGUCAUUGACAGCAGUACGAUACGGUCGGAUGAAGGAUGCGCUACAAAGGCAGAACCACUCCAUCCUCUAUGCUUUGUGCCCCUGGGGUUUUGCCGAGGUCCAAACCUGGGCAACAGGAGUCGGGGCAUCCUUUCGUAUGAGCAAGGAUAUAAAAGCGAGCUGGGACUAUGUGCUGCUUAUUCUCAACGAGAACUCAUUUCUCAUGAACUAUAAUGAUUUCGGCAUUCAUUCAGACGCUGAUAUGCUAGAGGUCGGAAAUAACGGUCUUACUUUCCCUGAGCAGCGUUCGCACUUCGCACUUUGGGCACUGAUGAAGUCACCACUCAUUAUUGGUUCGAAAUUGUCCAACCUAAGCGCUGACCAAUUGUCAUUGCUUACGAACCCCUACUUAUUGGCAUUCAACCAGGACCCUGUUUACGGGAAGUCAGCUGCUCCUUUCAAAUGGGGCACUAAUCCAGACUGGAGUUAUAAUGCUAGCUUUCCGGCUGAAUACUGGGCGGGAGAAAGCCAGCAAGGAAUGUUUGUUGCUCUCCUUAACACGGCCAGUACCGCCAAGAAUAAGACAGCUCUCUUUUCAGAGAUUCCGGGUCUUCAACAGCACAGGUAUGGAAUUAUUGAUGUUUGGACAGGACACUAUUUGGGCUGCUUCCUGCAUGACUAUACAACGUCAGUAGAGCCUCAUGAUAUAGCGGUUCUAAUUUUCACGAAUUGCCAGAAAUAA